AUGCCCAUGCUCGGCGAAGAGAGCAAAAACCAUCGUGAAAGGAAAGAAACAUACAUCAAGUCUCUCGAGCAGCAAGUUCUCCAGCUUCUCAAUCAGCAAGCAACCGCGGCAGCAGAGAAGAGAGCCGUAGAAAGGGAGAACACGAUGCUCCAAGGACUACUUCACCGACAUGGCAUACCCAUCCCAAACGAAGCUGGUGGUUUUGGCCCAACUGCUAGUAUCUCGAUGCUCGAUGUGCCUGGUGGCCAACAAAGGCUGCAAGUGACGAUGCCUGAGACAACUUCAGAUUACUUUGCAACUUUCGAUACCUCACGCUCCUCACUUCCACGAGGCAACUCAAGCCCCCACCCUCCGGAUGCUGAGAUGCGGCAGCUUUCCAGUGGUGCCAGUGGCGUAUCUUCUAUUCCACCUCCAGCCUUUCAAACACGCCUACCAUCGGAAAGUGUUCAGAUCCAUCCUCCCACCACUCCUCAGAAGAGCCUGCCUCCCUUGCCGCCUUCUGCACCUCGGCAACCAAUCCCUCAUCCUUAUGGACUAGACGCUCCCCAGAUUGGAAUCGACUUUGUACUGGCUCUCGAGAAUCCAUGCUUGCAUCACACGUCGAAUGACCUUCAGUCGGCGGAGACUUAUGGUCAUAUCUUGACUACCCAUGCACCCUUGCUCACUCAUCGACCACGCGCUCCUCAGCCGACCUCAUCCUGGACAAUUCCUGCGGCAGAAAUUGAGCGAUUGUUGAACCUUAGCUCUCAACUCAACCUCGCUGGCGAAAUUACUCCUGUUCAGGCAUGGUCCAGGAUCAGAUCGUAUCCCGGAUUCGAAAAGUUGAACCUGGAUCAGCUGGAAACGCUGGAAAAGGCACUUCUGAAAGAGGUUCAAUGUUAUGGGUUUGGCGCAGUCAUAAAUGAAAACGCCUUUGACAACAUACUACAACAAUGCUUUUACGGACUGCAAUAA